AGGAAAAGUAAGCAAAUUUUAAUGAGUAACACAUACAUUUUAUGCAGUUUACUUAUGUAAAAGAAAAUUAGCAUGUAUAGUUUACUUUGUCAAAAAUAAGAGAACUGUAACAGAGCUAAUUCUAUUCAGUCUAUUCUUAAAAUGGCAUUGUCAGUAUCAGAAGUGAUUUUAGUAUUCUUGUUGAGUAUCAGUGAAGUUAUCAGUCAAUGUCCACCUUCCUCAGGUAUCUACCUGAGGCAUGAUGGAAACUGUUAUACUAAUGGAUCAUAUUUUUUUGAUGCUGAUAUUAGAGGAGCCAGUAACAGUAUCAUGUGUGUGUUAUUUGAUACUACUCUGAAUGGUGGAGAGUGGGUUAAUGUUACUAGUGGAUCAUCAGUUAACUGCAGUACUAAUCCUCUUCGUUGUAAUGAGGUAUCUUCACCUAAUGCUAAUAUCAGUCUUUACAUUGAUGGAGGCGUUAUGUCAUCUGAUGAUGGCUGGUACAAGUGUUGUCUACCCACUAAUUGUUCAGAUUUUAACACCAACAUCGUCUUUGCUAAUAUAUUCAGAUGGGUGCAGAUUGAAACCAUCACAGUUGACCUUCCUUCAGAUAUAACAGUUCUGCCUCAAACAUAUACACUACAUGCCAUUAAAAUUGGUAGUAAUGACCACAGUUCUUUUUUACAUGCUGCCAAUUGGUACUAUGAGUCUGGUAGCAGUAGUACUCAACUCUGCACUGGAUCUAGGGCCUCAUACAGUUGUACAUUCAUGUAUGGGAAUGGAAUGUCAGUAGAUUAUGGUAGUGGAAGAUGGGAUUAUACACUAACUGUUACAUGGAGUGGAGACACUAUUACUAGUGGAGUACUAAGCCAAUCAAACAACAACGGAGAUCAUGUAUUUAGAUUCUAUUUAGAUUUUGGUCAUAUCUAUCACAGCCCAGUACAAAGAAAUAGAGACAUUUUUGUAACAGGUAAGUAGCA